AUGGAGACGCGAUCAUCCUGCCGAAAGCGCAGGAAUAGUGCCAUAUCAAUCUUAGCCAGCGAGCCUCCUGUUUCCCAUCGGACGAGACAAGCUGCAGCUGCAGCAACAGAAUUUGUCGAAUCCAAGCAGCAAGAGACAAGUACGCCUCGGAAGUCUAGGAAGCGAGUACGUUUUUCGGACCCCGGUCCUUUGCUGCAUGACACUACGGUAGGCUCCACCGGCUUGACUCCGGCAAUGAAACGCACCUCAUUUGAGCCUUCCAGCAAGUUUUCUCGGCGUGGAAAUCAGACCCCGAGCCGCAGUGCACGCCGGAGAUCGGCACCAUUGCCUCGUUUCCAAUGGGCUUUUGACCCAGUCGAAGAACAUGACGAAUUCUCUUCAGAACGAGUCUACCAGUUCACUCCUCUACGCCAGAUCUUGGAUUGCCGUACACAACGGAGAAUCCGCCGGAUUGGAUUGAGUGAUGAGAUUACUCAGAUCGAGCGAGAGAAACGUGAGAGCCGCAAUUUUGAGAAGACGCUAUACACACUCCGCCAGGAGCGAGACGACUUGCAACGUGAACUGGAUUCUAUGAAACAAAGCGAUGAUGUUGAUAGUCGUCUGCCAUCCUACGAAUCAUUUUGGAUGUCGUCACAGGCUGGCGUUCAUCAAACUGAGCCCCAGCGAGCGAUCUCUCACGAGGGAAUCUCUGUGGCUUCCGACAGGGACCAGAACGAGACGUUCCAAAUUGCCGAUGGAGAUACCUUCACGCUCAAUGACAGUGCCAUAAUUGUCUCUAAUUCGCCAGACUUUCGUGCUAUGCGUGAAUACAACACGCCAGUGCCGGAAAGUCUGAUGUAUGACGAGGAAUCAACUAUAGCAAACGUCGCGACCCAGACAUCAUUUGCUGAUAACCACGCAAAUUCGGAUAUGUACAACUUGACCCUGGACUUGGAGAUGGCUCGAUCGGAAAAAGAGAAACUGUUCAAUAGAUGUCGCUCACAAAUAUCCGCUUUCGAGGACGCUAGUGUGGGCGAUAUCCUUCGCUUACCUUCACCCCCUCAAGACUUCUUCGAUAAUAUUGUCAGCACCUUGACAACUGCUCUGUCCCGUGCCGCUGAAGCCACGGAGGCCCUUAAAGGUAUCAACGAAGAAUGCUCUAGUCUAGGCUUCUCUGGCGCCAGUGCGGAAGAAGUGGUCUCUGACAUAAAAAGCCACUUCCAUUCGGCACGCCUGGAGCUCGAGCGGGCUAUCCCGGGUGAGACCGCUGGUGUCAGCCUAGCGAACGGGAAAGCAACACUAGGUGCCUUAGUACAGCGAGUGCGGUCAUUGGCAAAAGACCUUCAGGCGGAACGAAAACACCACCAUGGCUCGCUUGGCCGAGAAAAGGCGCUCCGAGGACAGUUCGACAACCUUUUGUAUCGGUAUGAAGCGACAGCAAACAAAAUCGGCAACCUCGAAGAUUCUAUCGCGUCCUCUGCCGGCGACAUGUUACAUACCAGAAUGCGACUUCAGGACCUCGAAAACGAAGACCAGGAAAAAACCAUCGGGAUUGACAGAUUAAACACCGCCCUGGAUAAAUAUCACGAGGAUAUGAAGAGUCUUGAAAACUUGGUCAGCAGGCUGGAAGAUGAAAACGUCGCCGUAAAGGCGAAGUACAAACAGCAGAUUGCGAAACUUAAGCAACAAGUCGCUAGUGAGCGGCAACAGCGCUCUGAAACCGAAAGCUCUGCUUCCGAGUAUGAGACGCGAAUCCGGCUACUCGAAGAAACCGUGGAGCAGAAUCGGAUCAAAGCAUGUGAUCUGAUGGCGCAGGUGGAAUGCCUUGAGAAAGAACAACGCGUUGCCUCCAAUGCUCUUGGCAAAACGGCCUCGGAGGAACUGCAACAACACGAGCAAGAAACGGGGACCCUCAAUGUUCGUAUCUCUGAGCUUAAUACAUCACUUGAUGAAGCAAAGUGCGAAGCAGAUCGUCUGCGUCAGGUCAAUAUCGGCCUGGAGGAACAGCUACGGAUCGAAACUGAGGCUCGUGACGAAAUGCUCGAUAAAUGGGCUGCUGAGCAAGCGCGAUCAUUUGCUUUCAUGAAAGAGAGCGUGGGGUUGGAGCGACGGCGAGCAAAGGCUCGUGCCGCUAAUUGGGAGCUCAAAUCCGACGAUCUUAUGUCUGAUGGAACUACUGUUAUGGGUAGUGAACCUAUUACGCCUGUCAGCAUGACUCGUUUCGUUGAUGUCGAGUACGGACGUGGCAAGAACCGCAAGCGUAUCGACAGCGGUGUUAGAAUUCUCACGAAGGAGGAUCUUUUGAGUGAGGAUGUCCCUGAUCUGCGAACUGAGCUGGACUCAGAUCCUGAUUUGCCCACUAUGGAUUUGAUCGAUGUGUAG